AUGUCCACACACAGCACGGAUGACAUCGACGAGUCGUCUGCGGAGGGCCUGUGCAGCGCCAAGAGCUACGCCAAGGCGAACCCGCUGCUGGUCCAGGUCCCCGUGCUGGGAACAGCAGCCAAGAAGUUCUGGCGGCUCUCCGACAAGGCCACGAGGAUCACCCAGAAGCUCGUGUCCAACGUCUGGAUCGGGAGCACCGGCGGCAGCGUCGUCAAGCUACGCGGGGUCAGCUUCACCGCCAAGGGCUUCGGCAGCGAGCGCGUGAGAGAUGACUACAGGCACCUCUCCAGGGUCCUGCAGGCGAUCCAAAGAGUCUCCUCCGGUGGGGAAGUCGCCAUCGCCAGGCUGCCGCCGGACUACAGGGAGUUCCUCGCGCUCCUGGGGAGUGACACCCUCGCCAUGGAGGACGAGUUCCUGAUCGUCAACAACGCCGCGCUGCUGCCCAUGAAAAACCGCACGGAGGCGUUCCUGAUGCUGCACGACAGGAUCGUGAAGUACCUCGGCCGGACGGACCGGGCGAAGAAGAGGAGGAUCCUCGCCGGGCUGCCCUACGAGAGCGACUGCCUGGAGACGGCGAGGGCGAACGCGCGGAUCAACCAGUGGGUGGUGAACGUGCAGCACGAGUACAGGAGGACGCAGUCCGACCUGCUGCGGCUCAACAGGAACGUGAGGAGCCACCUGCACGAGUACGACGACGGCGUCAUCGAGGAGGUCCUGUACUGCAAGUGGCCACGAACAGUAUUUUUCUCUCAUACUAAACUAACCAAUAAUACUUUCAGCCAUGACUUAUAAGCCAAACAAAUCAAAUGAAUAGGGCGCAAGAUGCUGCAUCUGGAAGGCGAGCUCGAGGCCACUGACAUUGGGAACAAGUUCGGCUAG